UGUUGUUCGUCAGGCUAAACACGUUCGUAGUUAUGCGUUUCCUCCUUGGAGCCGCCACAACCACACUUUUCAACACCAGCUUUGUUCUCGUGGUGGAAGUUCUAGCGCCUGAACGACGCACGCUUUACGCGAUGGCAGUGUUGUUGAGCAAGGUGAUCGGUGCCGCCAUCGCAUCCACAAUGAUGUUGGCCGGGUUCAGCUGGUACACGUUGCAUCUGGCCAGUAUGCUACCUUGCCUCAUGAUGCUGCGCUCCAUCACGUGUCUAGUGGAGUCCCCACGCUGGUUGCUGGCCAGAGGCCGGCUGGAUGAGGCCGAAACAGUCAUCAUGCAUGCGGCUACGCUCAACGGCGAGAACAUUUUCGAUGUGCGCCACCAGUGGGCGCGCCAGCGUCGUGAAUUGGAGCGCCCAGAAGGUACUCGCCAGAGCACUUGCUGCGAGGCAGCGCGUCUGCGGUGCCGUCUGAAGAAUAAUGCUAUCCUUUACUUCUGCUGGUGCGUGACUGCGUGUACGUUGCAGGCGACGUGGCUGAAGAUCUACCACCUGGGUUUCUAUCCGCUGUCACUCAUGGCCCUCUUUGCGCUGCUGUCCAUCCCUGGCGAGCUGGGCGCUAUGGCUUCUGCUGCGCACGUCGGCCGAAAGACAUCCCUGGCUUGGGCCCUGGUCAUCGCCGCCAUUGCCCUCUUCGCAACUGUCGCAUGGGGCGAUGCGAAUGUGGUCUCCAGCGCAACGCUGCUGACGCUGGCGAGCGUAGUCACGGACGCCUCGCAAGCCGUUCUCACGCUGUACACAGCAGAAGUGCACCCCACGGUGGUGCGCUGCUCCGGCCUAGCAAUGUGCACGUGUUUUUCUACAGCGGCCACCAUCGCCACGCCACUCGCCACAUAUUUUGGCGUUUUGCAGAUGUCGUGGCUGCCACUGGUCAUGGUGUCGCUGCUAGGCCUCAGCGCUGCCUUUUUAGUGGUUCGGCUGCCAGACACCAAAGAGCGCACUGUUCUGCCAGACGAGCUGUCGGACAUACCGUUCGAGCAGACGUCGGGAAUCGCUCAAGUGGUGCCUGAUAACACCCACAUCGUGUCACUGGAAGCGCAAAGGAGCGAUAAACGCCGGACACUGGGAGAACGCUGACUGGCCUUUUUCUACGCGGCAAAACAUCUUGAUGGUGCAUGUAUUAGUGUUUUAUCGUUUGAACGUCAUCUUCUUUGCUAAACAUUUCGUGAAGACUCUUAAUGAUGCACUUGUGGUACGACGAGAUUUGACCUAAUGCGCGGUAUUCCAGGCGUAUACGUUGUUUAAGAAUGGUUACCCUACAAAUCGUGCUGUGGUAACCUCUCGUGUUUAAUGCUGAUAUAUUGACACGCGCAUCUGGCCCCUUUUAGAGUAAAGUAGAGAAUAAUUUGGCAAUCUGCGAGCUAUUCACUGACGUUUUAUUUUUUUGAACCGUUGAAGAAUUGCAUUGCCCCGUCCCCAUGGACGUACUACAAAAUUCAAUUCUUUCUUCCCUAAUUAGUGCUUGCAAUACUAUGCACUGAAAGGCGGUAUCCUUAAUUCUACGAGUUUAUGGCCAAAAUGUGUCGCGUAAUAACUGUCUCCGAACAAGGCCCGUGGUCAUACGCUGAUACAGCAGCAAUUCGCUUGUAACAGCCAUUCCUUUUUUUCGCAGCCCAUCACCUAUAAACAUAAUUUCAUUGCACCGGUCAUUCAACUGAGUUGCUGUAAUGUGGACGCAGUUUGCCACCCAGGUGGAACAAGUAAAUAUUUGGCACCUGUUCACACCCUAUACCGACAUUAACACAUCAGCUGGCUGGUGACGUCUAGUAUAUAAUUGCUGAGAUGCUGAAAGUUCCAUUGCGUCUGGCGUCUCAGUUUGUAGAUCUUGUGGCUCGUAACAAAGUAGAGCCCGGCUAGCUGUACCAGCAUAACUUUUCAAGCUGCAGUGAAUAAACGCCUGAGUGGGCA